UAAUGCCUCCAUAAUGAGAAUAUAUAGCGAAUCCCCAAAAGCUUUGAAGCCCACGACAAUCCGGUGGGGUCCUGGCUGUGGAGCCCAACCAUCUGAAACGUUUUCUGGUUGCUCUCCACUAUAGAAACUCCCUCAUAAGGACUCCCCACCAGCAAAUGCAAAUGCCAAUUUGUGUGUUUGUAUAAGCUCCUCCCCCAGAUUUACUCUGGCGCCAUAGUUGCUGUAAUGACCAGGGAGAAGUGUUGCAGUAAUACACUCAUGAAUUCAGCCUCACCCACUUCUCAAAUUCAUGUCCUGGCUGUGGAUGACUGCAUGAUAGACCGAAAAAUCAUGGAAAAAAUGCUCAAAAUGAUCUUCUUCAAAGUUACUGUUGUGGAGAGCGCUGCCAGGGCAUUGGAGGUGUUGGGGGUCCAUGAGGAUGAGCUCCCUGCUUCUGAUUCUAACAAUAACCUCAAGGUGAAUUUGAUUAUCACAGACUACUGUAUGCCAGGAAUGAAUGGUUAUGAUCUUCUCAAAAAAGUGAAGGAAACAGAAGGUCUCAAGGAAAUACCAGUUGUGAUGAUGUCUUCUGAAGAUGUACCCCAGCGGAUUAAAAGAUGUCUUGAUGAAGGAGCAGAGGAUUUUAUAAUGAAGCCUCUGCAGAUAGCAGAUAUUAAGAAAUUGAAAAAUCAUAUAAAACCAUCAAGGUCAUUUUGUAGUUCGACCACAAGAAAGAAAGUUCCCUCUAGAAGGCUCGCAGGAAAAAGUUCGGACAGACGGCCUGGUUUGAGUGGAAUAGUAUAUGCUUGAUUUUCAGUGGUUUUCCCCUACAUUUUUGAGGCCAUACUACUAGUUUGAAUGUUACUGUAACUAUUUCUCUUUGUAAUUGAAAAUGAGACACAAAUUGAGAAAUUCUCCAGUUUAAAAAACUUACAGAACUUUCCAUUA